AGACUUUACUUGAUUUUAUUUUUAGUGUAUAAAGAAUUCGAAAGCAGAGAAAUAAAUUUAUUGGGGGAGGCCAACGCGAUUUCGCGAUUUCGAAUCUCCGAGCUCGUAAUCGGAGGGGGAACUCGAAGGAGAAAGAGCUGCGAUCAGAUUUGAGAAAUGGAUGCGAUACGGAAACAAGCGAGCAGGCUGAGGGAACAAGUCGCGAGACAGCAGCAGGCUGUGUUCAAGCAAUUUGGAGGAGGAGGACACGGCUCUGGUUUAUCGGAUAAUGCUGAGCUUCAUCAGCAUCAGAAACUUGAGAAGCUUUACAUAUCCACCCGUGCUGCCAAGCAUUACCAAAGAGAUAUUGUUCGUGGGGUGGAAGGUUAUAUAGUCACCGGAUCCAAACAAGUUGAAAUAGGGACGAAACUGUCUGAGGAUAGCAGGAAAUAUGGUUCAGAAAACACAUGUACAAAUGGUAACGUCUUGACUAGGGCUGCACUCAGCUAUGGCCGUGCUCGUGCACAGAUGGAGAAAGAGCGUGGGAAUAUGUUGAAGGCUCUCGGCACACAGGUUGCUGAGCCAUUACGAGCAAUGGUCAUGGGAGCUCCGUUGGAGGAUGCUAGACAUCUUGCUCAACGUUAUGACAGAAUUCGCCAAGAAGCUGAAGCUCAGGCGACAGAAGUUGCCAGACGCCAAGCAAAGGCGAGGGAGUCACAAGGCCAUCCUGACAUCUUGACGAAACUAGAAUCUGCAGAAGCGAAACUUCAAGACCUAAAAGCAAAUAUGACAACAUUGGGGAAGGAAGCCGCUUCUGCUUUAUCUUCCGUUGAGGAUCAACAGCAAAAAUUGACUCUUGAACGGCUUAUUUCAAUGGUUGAAUCUGAACGUGCCUACCAUCAAAGAGUCCUCCAAAUACUUGAUCAGCUCGAAGGAGAGAUGGUAUCUGAGAGGCAACGUAUUGAAGCCCCCACUACUCCCUCCUCAAAUGCAGACAAUAUGCCGCCACCUCCAUCGUAUGAGGAAGCGAAUGGAGUGUUUGCAUCUCACAUGCAUGACACAUCAACAGAUAGCAUGGGUUACUUCUUAGGAGAGGUCUUGUUCCCAUAUCACGGUGUGACAGAUGUCGAGCUGAGCUUAACAGCUGGUGAAUACGUUGUUGUUAGAAAGGUUACAGGCAACGGAUGGGCAGAAGGUGAAUGCAAAGGCAAAGCGGGUUGGUUCCCUUAUGAGUACAUCGAAAGAAGGGAACGAGUUCUUGCUAGCAAAGUCUCUGAAGUCUUUUGAGAAAAUUGGAAGGUAACGUUGUGGUUCCCUUUGCUGGUUAUGGAACUGAUUUUGGUUUUGUAGAAGAGUUGUGUGUGUUAUGUGUGUUAUGUGGAAAGAGAAAAAAAAGAUUCACCAGAAGUCCAUGUUCAUGAGGAUAAAGAGCUGAUGCAAGAGUUCUGUGAUUUUGUGAAUCUGAUAAUGAUGCCCAGUUGAACAAGAGUUCAAUUUUUAUGUAUUAUCUCAAUAUUGGAUUUGGAUCCAUGUCUUUUGCAUUUGAUGUUAAUGCCUAUAUUCAUAUGUGAAUACAUUUCCUUUUUUUUUUUGGAUUUUAUCUGUUGCAAUUGUCCAGUUACUCUCACAUAGUGAUUCUUUUUUCAAAUA